AAAAUUUCCCGGAAGUGCUCUCAGAUGAGGCUCUGUAGUCACAGUGGGGAAAACCUGUGGGGCUCCGCCUCUUCAGACACCUUGAAACCGAGACGACAACACGGACUCUGUUUACCUGAGAAUUGGUUUACCUGCCAAAGAAAAAUGCUGUUUACCAGCCGGAGGAAACCCACGAGCGCGGCGCUGGCUGUCCUUCGGCAUUAGUUUACGAAAAGGGGGCGACAUGAAAAAAUACCUGAGCCCCACGAAACAGCAGCAUCAUCCGCCUCCGCCAACACCGGCGCCUGAUGUCUCGGCUCCAGGCAGCGAGGUGACCGUCCAACAACUUAACCAGCUUCUGUCCGACGGUAGCGGCUUCUACAAACUCCCGACGAAUCACUUCAAUGAGGUCUUCCCCAGAAUUUACAUCGGCAACGCGUUUGUAGCACAGAACACGAUGCGUCUGCAGAAACUUGGGGUGACACACGUGCUUAAUGUGGCAGAAGGCACCUCCUUCAUGCACGUCAACACCAGUGCCGAGUUUUACGCCGGAACGGGCAUCGCGUACCAUGGCAUUCAGGCCAAUGACACGAAAAAUUUCAGCCUCAGUGCCUUCUUUGAGGAAGGGGCUGAAUUCAUCGACAAAGGACUUGCACACAACGGAGGCAAAGGGAAGGUGUAUGUUCACUGCAGAGAAGGCUACAGCCGCUCCCCCACCAUGGUGGUGGCCUACCUAAUGCUGCGUCAUGGACUGGAUGCCCGGCAGGCUCUCGUCACGGUUAGGCAUAAAAGAGAGAUCGCUCCGAAUGAUGGCUUCCUUCACCAGCUCUGCCAGCUCAAUGAGAGGCUGGCAAAGGAGGGCAAGCUGACUGGAGAGCUGGGCAAGACAAAGAGCAAAUGAGAGCGUAUACGCGCGGGGGGGGGGCCUCCGGCCCUGGCUUCAGCUGCUCUGACCAAACCAGCUCUCAUUCAGCACAUCCAAGGGAGUCCAGACACAUCCACUGGUUUAUCUGCAAAGAAAAAUCCUACUUUUAUGCCCCCACAAACUUACGUUUUAGUCUGCAUCUGCCACUUUUCUUCAGAAAUCUGCCCAGAACACAAACCAAACUGGUCAUCCUCCUCCUUUUUUCUAGAACUCUUUCAUGGUUGCAGAUUUUGCUGCACGUCUUUACAGUGAGCUCUGGAUCUUCAGAGCUUCUCAAGCAUUCCUUCAGUUUCCACAAACAAAAAGGUGAAACCUGUGCCCCGGAUUUCUCAAAGUCCUCACAAAUUCCUAUAAAAAUGAAAGAUUAUAGCACAAUCAUUCCAAAGUUGUCCACUGCCUGUAUGUCAGUGAUGGCUCUGCCUGUUGAAGUGCUCUGUCAAUUCCAGGAGAAGGCCUAGCAUUUCAUUCAAACUGAACAAAUGUUUCAAACACUAAAUUUCCUACUUCGUUUACAUAAUUUUACGACUGUUUAGUUGUUCUGCUCCAGGCACUGACCAUAUUCAGAGUGAGGAAUCUCAGAGUGAACCGGAGAUCAGUCCGACUCAGAAAGGACCGAAACCACCCAAAAAUGGGUCAGAGAGUGGAUCCGGGUCCUGGACCAGGGUCUGUUUGGGUGUAAUCAGACUGAAAAUGGAUUAUCUGGGGAAACGAACUCUGGUUCACCUUAAGCGAACCAAAUGUGUCCAUUCUAAAAACUGUAACCAGACAGAAAAGAAGCAAAGGGUGUGGCGCGGAUAAAUGUAAAGCGAUGAUUGUCAUGUUAUCAACCAGAAAAAAGGGUCCAACUAUUUACUCGUUAGAACGUCUAUUUUAACACAGCGGAAAAACCUUCUUUUAUGCUUUUCCGUGUUUCGUUAUGUGGCACGUGCCCAGCGCUGCUGUGACGUCAUCCUAAAAGCUAUCUUGUAGUUCCCUGUAUGAAUUCUCUCAAAACAAUGCCAUAACACCACAAUGAUGAGACACUACAACUCAUUGAAAUGUGGUCAGAUGAAUGCAGGCUCAUAAAAACAACGUUUAACGUGAUACGCAUUGCUUCUCACAGUUUUCCCGACAAUCUAUAUGUCAUAAACACUUGUGUACAGCAGUUUACCUUCAUAGUCAUCUUUUUUCCAGUAACCACAUGGCAGCAUGCCUCCACCAUACAAAAACAAAAAAAGUGAGUAUAAGGGUUGUACCUAACGUUGAUACAGGUGUUAAAUUGGUGAGCGAAAUAUGAAGUAUGAAUAAGUAAACAAUCCUGACAAGGACUGCAAAAUGCAGGACUUCCAUAAUUUCUGCCUCUAGUUGCUUUGGCCUGCCCUCAUAAUUCCUGGCCAAUGACUGAAGUGAUCUUUAGUCACAUGGUUUUGUUUACAAGCUUUGGUCUGAAACAUAGAAGUCUGCUUGACGGCAGUCUAGAUACAGACAAAACACAAGGUUCAGGACUCGAUCCAGACCAAAUGAAGUGGACUGGGUCCGGACCAAAUGAUUUUCCCAGUCUUAAUACACCCUUAGAUUCCACACUCCAAAGUAGCUGAUGCUACUUCUGGUUUAAUCCCAGGUUGUGGUCAAAUUAAAGGAUUGUAGGACUGUUUUGGUCUAAACCAAGAAGAAAUAAAAAGAAAAAAGAUUCUUCGUGUUUUGGUUAUGAGCGGUUGCAGAGUUAAAGUUAAAUCUAAAAAAACUCCCCAAAACAGCUGAAAUAAAUGAAAUACUAACAGUUUAUUUUGCCAACUAUAAUUUAUGACAGAAAAGAACAACUCUUGUAUUGGCUUUUCAAGUUAAAGGCCUUCAGCAUAACCUGUCAACAGUGGGAUAAUGGGUGGGGUCUCAACCAUCAUGCUGGAGAGUUGUCCACUGCCAGAACCCUGAGACAGCCCUUUGGCUGGGAUCUAACACCACUCUUACAUCAACACGGACUCACAACAUGUCAGCAAAAGCAUGUGUCAAACAAAGUCACGAUAUAUGUCAAUAACAUGUCAAAUACUCUGAUUAUAAUCCAAUUUAACCAAGCUGUGCUCAACAGAAAAAGCAGCUUCUGCUCCGUUUAAGUUAUAUUGGCUUCAUACUGUAAACCAAAGUGUUUCCUAGUUAUAACAGAACACUUUUCAGUUUUUACUCCACAUGCCAAUCCAAAAUUUAGGGCAUGUUGCUAUAAAUCUGAAGGAGGAGGACAAACAAUAAUCUCCUUAACACUGUCUUUUCCUCCUUUGAUAUAUAUCUGUAUACAUUUGAGUAAAUAUACACACACACACACACAUAUAUAUAUAUAUAUAUAUAUAUAUAUAUGAAUGUACAUAAAUAUUUUCGUGUUGACAUAUAUGAAUGUACGAGCAAUGUGUCUUUAACUUGUUGGUGUUGUUAUGUCCUCCAAUGUAUUUGCUUUCCACAUAAACUACAUGUUCAUUUAUAUUCAAAUAUGAUGUGCAUGUGAGCUGUUCUGUUUAACGUACUAAAAAUAACAUGUGAAAGGU